GAUGAGCAGGAAAAGAAAUAUAAAUGCGGGACAAAUUCCGGAAACAAUGGAAGGCUUUGCAGAGAGUUUAGAAAAUAAUAUUUUUUUAAAAGGUUAUUACCAAGAAACUAUAACUGUGGGUGAAUCGUGUGCAACGAUAUUUAUGUCUAAUCUAAUGAGUACAUUUUUGCGAGAAAACACAUUUUCCACUGGAUACAUUGAAGACUCGAUUCGUCUUCCUUCCAUGAAACAUGAUUUUUCGCAUCUUUACACUGUGAGUGUGAAAAAAAAUGAGAGCAAAAUAGAUCCGGUGAAUAAAUUAAAAAUUUAAUAUUUAAUUCUUUGCCCUACUGAUGCAGUUAUUUAAUUUUAAUUUUAUGUAAAUUUAAUUUCGAAGAUUUAUACGCCAAUAUGGAUUUUGAUGUCUGAUAGGAGUUUACAAUUAUAUGAUGCGGUUUGGUGUAAAAUUAGAGAAUUAAUACCAUCGUUGAAAGUUGAGCAAAUCAAAUGCGGUUUUAAAGAAAACUCUGUAAAUGCUAUUCAUCAAAAUUUGAAAGAAUCAAUUCUUCAAGGAACUUGGCAUCAUUAUAUAAUAGUAAUAAUUAAUUGUUUAAAAAGUACUGCAUUUUUCAGAUUAAUGCAAAUUUGCAGGAAACUUACAACCCUUUUAAUUACAAACUUGGAUUAAAAAUUUGAAUUUGAAUAUCUUUGUUCAAUGUUCAGAUCGCAUUAUAUUAUUUAUAUUAUUAUUUAGUAUUUUUUCUUUUUUUAAUUUUUACUCAUAUAAUAGGAAUUAUUGGCUGAGUGGAAAUCACUGAAAAUUCCAGAUAAUUGCAUAAGUGUUUUUUGGAUGGCAUUAGGACUACCACUACUCCCAUUAUCACAUUUUGAAGAUGGAAUUCAUAUUAUUCAAACUGAGGCUGAUAAAAUAGCACUUCAAGAACCACUGGUGAAUUCAUAUAUGACAUACUUAAGAACGAAUUGGACACAAUUGGCAGAAUCAGUCAACUCUUUCCAUUGCAACCAGAAAAUGGAUCCAUUCGAAGCAACAUUUUUUACUUAUUUUUUUUUUUUUUU